GACCCCUGCCUUCAUCUUGCUGUGAAGCAUAACACCCCCCAGCUCGUCCAGCGCCUGCUCGCGGCCGGCUGCGACAUCAACAUCUGUGAUUCCAGGCAGCAGAGUGCGUUGCACGUGGCCGUGGAGAGGCGCCAGCAACCCAUCGUGGAGCUGCUGCUGAGAGCCAACAUCAACCUCCACCUUCAGGACCAGCAGGGGCACACGGCGCUCGACCGGGCUGUCCGCAGUCAGCACGCUGCCCUGGCUGACAUGAUCAUCAAAGCUGAGAGAUUCCACACCCGAGCUCUGGGUGCUAAUGGACAGACAGAGGAGCUGGACCUGACCUUCAGACACGUGAAGGACCUGACUCGGGUGCGAUCUGUGCUCUGGACUCUGGCCACCAGGCACCAGAAGCCGGGAGACUGGAAGAAGCUGGCCCAGCACUGGGGCUUCUCAGCAAAGCACAUCCAGGCACUGGAAAGCCAGUGGACAG